AGUCCCGCGGGGGGUCCGGCCGGCGGCAGGGGAACGCCCGGCCCCCCGCUUCCCCUCCCCCCUCACCGCCCCCUCGCCCCCGGGGGAAGGGGAGGAGGAGGGCGGCGCCUGCGUGUUCCUCCGCCGCGCGCCCCGCCUCCUCCCGGGCUUCUCGAGGCGAUCCCGACUCUCCUCCCGCGGCUGCCGCAGCUGCCGGUUGCACACGGCCUCGGCGGCGGGCGCGGAGAGCGCGGGCCUGUGGAGCUGCAGCCGGGCGCGCGGCCCCGGCGGGCACCCCUCCGAGGGCGGCUGAGGAAGCUCCCGGGGGAGGAGGAGGAGGAGGAGGAGGAGGAGGUGGGGGGCUGUGGCGGCCGCGGGACCCGCUCGGCGCCUCGGCCUCUCCGCCCCCUCCCCAGCUUUUCUUUCGCCCUCUUCUCUCCCACUCCGGGCCGGCGCCUCGGCUUUGUGCGAGGAGAUGGUGUAGCCCCGCGGCCGCCCGAAGGAGAAGCUGGACACUUGUCUCCCGGCGCCGAGCUGCGUUCCCGCCCCUGGAGGAGAGACCCCCCUCGGCUCGGCGCCUCCCGCGUCUCCCGGCUGCUGGGGAAGCCUCAGCGCGGCCGACACCAUGAGGUCGUGAUAAAUUGUGCCAUUCCUAAAGGGUUGAAGUACAAUCAAGCUACACAGACCUUCCACCAAUGGCGGGAUGCUAGACAGGUGUAUGGUCUUAACUUUGGCAGCAAAGAAGAUGCCAAUGUCUUCGCAAGUGCCAUGAUGCAUGCCUUAGAAGUGUUGAAUUCACAGGAAACAGCCCAGAGCAAAGUUACUGCUACCCAGGACAGCACUAAUUUGCGAUGUAUUUUCUGUGGGCCGACAUUGCCUAGACAAAAUUCACAACUACCUGCCCAAGUUCAGAAUGGCCCAUCACAAGAAGAAUUGGAAAUUCAAAGAAGGCAACUACAAGAACAGCAACGACAAAAGGAGCUGGAGCGGGAAAGGCUGGAGAGAGAAAGAAUGGAAAGGGAGAGAUUGGAGCGGGAGAGGUUAGAAAGGGAAAGGCUGGAGAGGGAGCGACUAGAACAGGAGCAGCUGGAGAGAGAGAGACAAGAAAGGGAACGUCAGGAUCGCCUGGAACGGGAGAGACAAGAGCGGGAGAGGCUGGAGAGGCUGGACCGGGAAAGGCAAGAACGAGAGCGGCAAGAGCAGCUAGAAAGGGAGCAGCUGGAAUGGGAGCGAGAGCGAAGAAUGGCAAAUGCCGCUGCCCCUGCCUCUGUGGAGACUCCUCUAACCUCUGUGCUGGGAGACUCCUCUGCUUCUGAGCCAGGCUUGCAGGCAGCCUCUCAGCCGGCCGAGACUCCAGCCCAGCAGGGCAUUGUCUUGGGACCACCUGCACCUCCACCCCCUCCUCCACUCCCGCCAGGUCCUGCCCAGGCAUCAGCCGGACUUCCUCCUCCCCCAGGACCCCCUCCACCCCCUCCACUUCCGUCCUCAGGGCCCCCGCCUCCGCCUCCUCCGCCGCCUCUUCCUAAUCAAGUACCCCCUCCUCCCCCCCCACCUCCUGCUCCUCCCCUCCCUGCAUCUGGAUUUUUUUCGGGAUCCAUGUCUGAAGACAAUCGCCCUUUAACUGGACUUGCAGCUGCAAUUGCUGGAGCAAAACUUCGAAAAGUGUCACGGGUGGAGGAUGCCUCUUUCCCAAGCGGAGGGAACAUUGGUGUGAAUUCGGCCUCGUCUAAAACAGAUACGGGUCGUGGAAAUGGACCCCUUCCAUUAGGGGGCAGUGGUUUAAUGGAAGAAAUGAGUGCCCUGCUGGCCAGGAGGAGAAGAAUUGCUGAAAAGGGAUCAACAAUAGAAACAGAACAGAAAGAGGACAAAAAUGAAGAUUCAGAGCCUGUAAGUUCUAAGGCCUCUUCAACGAGUACACCUGAACCGACAAGAAAACCUUGGGAAAGAGCAAGUACAAUGAAUGGCAGCAAGUCACCUGUUAUUUCCAGACGGGAUUCUUCAAGGAAAAAUCAGAUUGUUUUUGACAACAGGUCCUAUGAUUCAUUACACAGACCAAAAUCUGCACCCUCGUCACAGCCCAGUGCCAACGGAGUCCAGACGGAGGGACUGGAUUAUGACAGGCUGAAGCAGGACAUUUUAGAUGAAAUGAGAAAAGAAUUAACUAAGCUAAAAGAAGAGCUCAUUGAUGCAAUCAGGCAGGAACUGAGCAAGUCAAAUACUGCCUAGAGAAUCAAACUAAGGAGAGACAGGACUUUAAUCUGGAGAAAGGAAAAGAAAAAAAAAACCUACAAAGAACAGCUGUGUUAACAACAACAAAACCCUUACAUCUUGUGAGCUGUAAGAAGAAAAUGGAGACAAACAGUCGGAAGGAGGGAAAAACCAACAUACUUUGAAAGCCUUCAGACAUUACUACUCUGGCGAUAAGCUGUUUCCCUCACGGUUUUCUGCUUUUCUCUGACCUUUACAACGGGAUGGAGGAGAGUCAUAUAGGAGUUCCUGUAUCAGUUAUGCAGAAAAUACUGAAUCCGUCAGGCAAGAUCACCAUGCAUUGAAAUACUUUCAUGUCAAGAGAAAAAUCGCACGUUUUCCACAAUCCAUUGCUAAAAUAAAGAGGAGAAAGGCUUGAGAAUUUUUUUUCAGAGAAUGGUGAUGAGGAAUUUAGCAAGUUAUGCUAUUGUAUUGUAAAUGUUUCUCUCAGGUUUGUCUUCCUAUCAUAUUUGAUAUUCCAUGAAUAAUUGAGUUCAGCCCUGUGUAGGUUAAGAUCAUAAAAUGCGGAACAAAUGGAAUUGUAUGUGCUUUCAAAGGGUGAUAUUUAUAAGAAAGUGUCCUAAAAAUGAUUUGUUCGGAGUGAGGAAUUUUAGAAUGAUAGGAAGUCUCUCGAGUUUAGCCUUCAUGCAAUUUUGUAGAUUCAAACAUAAAAUUUGUCCAGAAUUUAAAGAUUUAGAUGCCUUCCUAAAUUGUUACAAUGCUUUACCAAAUCUGUGACUCCUACAUAACACAAAUCAGUGGUCAAAUGUAAAACAGUAUAUUGUAGAUUCACUGUAGGUUUUCAACCUUUUUUAGAUUUAUGCACGUGGACAUUUUUAUAAUGUAAUUACAACCACCACAAAAUUAGCUUUUUAAAUUGCAGACAGUAAUGCAUGUCAAACUAAUAUGUAGUGGCCUUUUCAAGGCCUAGUCCCAGGGAAAACAUUUUGUAGAAUAUAGGGGAGCGGGAGGAAGGGAAGGAAUAAUUUUUUAUUUAAAGUUAAUUUCUGCACUAUCUUCGUUCUCAGUUAUCUGCAUGAAUAAUAAUGAGGAAUAUUUUGUGACUUUAAUUCGUAAAUAUGUUAACAGCACCAAGUACUUAAACUUUUACAUCAUGUCUUCAGCUAUUUGUAUUUUCACUUGAGUAAGUUCAGUGGUCUGAAACAUGAUUCUGAGCUUCACAUGAAUUACAUCUUAGUGUGGGACUCAAAAGUUCCAUCCCUGAAUUUGGCUGUUAUUACCUAGGCGCCCUGCAGCUAUACAGGUGUUCAGGUACACAUUCCUGACUACAAAGCUGCUUUUGAACCUUGUUAUGUUGAAAUACUAGAAAAGUAACAAUGACGGCAGCAAAUUAAGGUCACAGAAAUCAUUAGAUAAAGGGAAAACAACGAGGGGGUUCCUGCAUAAUUUUCUUUUAAUAAAUAAAGUGAGACUUAGGUGGUGGAAAGAAGGAACUAGAUACUCUACUUACCACCAUGUGUGUGCGUGCGUGCGUGUUUGUGUGGGCACUCAUGUGUGUGUAUGUUAUCCACUCCCUUUUCUUUGAAACUUCUAAGAUUACAAUAGGGGAGAAAUCCUGUAUGUUGCAAUGAUAGAAUCUUUUGAAAUUUUAGGAAAUCACAGUUCUCCAGGCUCUCCAUCUUGAUUUAUGCUUGAGUUAUUAUGUGCCAUAUUUGCUUUGAAACCUUUGAUUAUCAGUAGUUUUACUAAAAUUUUGAAGAAAUAAUCCACUUUCGUCUGCUUUCUAGAUUUUCUUAAUCUAAGUUCAUAAGACAGAACUUGUUGAUAGCAUGGUCUUGUAAGCGCUGCACGUUUGCAGCCAUUACCACUUCAAAGAGGUUUGAAUGAGGGAAUGUUUUUCCCUUGUUAAAAUAGUUCCUGUUUCCGUAGAAACUUCAUUUUUAGAUCUGUGAUGGAUGAGCUAUCAUAAUUCAAGUAUACAGUUCUUUUUUUUCUAUCAACUCUUCGUUGUCAUCCAAUAGUGAAGACAUUACAGAUGCAGCAAGCUUAUGAAGUACUACUUUCUAAAAGAAAUAGGAGGCAUUUUCAUCUUUACUAUUGUACUUUUGGUUAUGCAAACACUUUGAUGAUACCAUGUUUCUGUCCCCCAUAAAUCUGGUCAGAAAUCACUUUUGAUUUUGUUGAUUAAGUUAAACAGUCUAUAGUAGGAUAGAGUACUGGGUACAAGUGGUCCAAAGUAAGAUAAAAGACUACGGUAAAAAUGCUAGAUCUUAAAAAAGAAACUGGUUUAUGCACUAAACGUUUUGUGCCUUGGUCUAAUAUUAACAUGAUGUCUGUGUAAAAUGACAAAAAGAACCAGUGUUGAAUCACGUUUUAUUUCCUGUCGUUCUGCAUUAUCCCAGAUUGCUAAAUGUGGUCUUUCCAAGACGUUUGAUUGAAUUCCUGUAUACAUUUGCUGUCCUAUGUGACAGUUUUGUCAUUGUUAGAGAUUUCAGUAAUUACAAUGGGAAACAGAAGCUUAGGUUAUUUUCCUUAUCAAAACUAUGUUCCCUGGAGCCACAAUAUUAUGAUGGUUUUCGUGCUCUUGUACAUUGGAUGUCUUAAGCUGAGUGCAGUUUAGGGGAUCCUUUCUAAUUACAGGAAGGUACUUCUUUCCUUCAACACUGUGAUCUGACCUGUGACAAAUCUGUACUAUACACUAUGUAAAUGGCUAACAAGUCAAUUGCAAACCAACUGAAUGUACAAAUCUUAGUGCUGGUGCUGAAAUCUCUUCAGAAUAGUCAUCAUGAUCUCAAAGUUCGUUUCAAAAUUUGCAAGCAUCAAGUGUCAAUCAAAACUGAAGAUGAAACACUAAUGAAUGUUGAAUUCUCAUGCUUUAGGUGUACUUCCUUAUUAGAGUUUUUGGUUCUCUGCUAUUUUUACCGUACUGUUUCAUUUAAAUUUCCUACAUGCUAACUUCGUUUGUGCGAUUGAAAUAAAAUUGCAGUAUAUACGUGUUGCUUGUUUGUGACACUUAGAUAAUCUUCUGACAUAAUUUGUUGGUUCUAAAAUAAGUUGUAUUGAAUGUAGAAAACACUCUUUAAAGUCCGUGACUUCACUUCUUAAAGUUUACAUACCAACACUACAAAGAUUUCAUAAGUCAUAAAUACUAAGUAAUGUAUACAAAGGGAAUAUGUGGUAAUGUAUCUAUCUACUUUUUGCUUGAAAUAGCUAUUGGGUGUUC